AUGCCUUCUUCUCGAUCAGGACGCUACGUCUACGAAGGACCGCCGUCUAGGAUCGUCACCAGAAUCGGACCGACCAUCGCCUUGUUGCUCAUUCUACUUGAGAAUCGUCGUGCGACCUGUUUAAUGAGCAACUCCGUGGACGAUUGGGUGAGCGGGAAUGCCGUGGUCUGCAACGGUAUUCCAGGCCUGACUAAGGAGCAAAAAGAUCUAUGCCACAGAAGCCCGGACGUGACGGUGGCCGCGAUCAAAGGUCUGCAAAUAGCUAUAUCCGAGUGCCAGCAUCAGUUCAUGUGGCACAGGUGGAACUGUUCGUCCCUGAAGCCAAGCAGUAGAACACAGCAGAGCAGCGUUCUUCUUCAGCGAGGUUACAGAGAGACCGCGUUCGCGUUCGCGAUUUCAGCGGCUGGGGUGGCGCACAACGUGGCCCGGGCGUGCAGCAUGGGUCGGCUACUCUCCUGUGGAUGCGACCCGUCCAGCUACAAGGGUAAACCACCUGCCAAGGCCAGGGGCACCCAAUGGAAGUGGGGCGGCUGCUCUCACAACCUCGACUACGGCAUGGAGUUCUCGAGACAGUUCCUAGACACGCGCGAGAGGGCCGGGGAUAUACAGUCGACGGUCAAUCUCCACAACAAUCAAGCUGGCCGCUUGGCAGUGGCGAGCAACAUGCAAGUGCGCUGCAAAUGCCACGGUAUGUCCGGUUCCUGCGAGCUGAAGACCUGCUGGAAGGUGGCCCCGGACUUCCGUGUGGUCGGCAAAACGCUGAAGGAUCGUUUCCGGAAGGCGGUGCUGGUCGCGCAGAGCAACAACAUGGGUAGCGUGACGCCGUUGAGCCGAGCGAGAGGUUCGCGAAGAAGAAGGCCCGAUCGACAGAGACAGAGGAAGCAUCGCGAGGGUGGCGCCGCGGGAAACGGUGGUGGUCGUAAAAGAAGGCCCAGGGACCUCGCCAAGCAGCUGUUCUAUUACCAAAAGUCCCCGAACUUUUGCGAGAGGGAUCCCACCGCGGACAUCCCUGGCACCGCGGGUCGUAGAUGCAACAAGACCAGCUCCGGCGGGGACGGUUGCGGUAGCUUGUGCUGCGGCCGUGGAUACAACGUGGUGAGACAACGCCGUGUCGAACGGUGCAGGUGCAAGUUUCAUUGGUGUUGCUUCGUGCAAUGCCAAAAUUGCACGGUGGAAGAGUGGAUCACCGUUUGCAAGUGA